UGGUGAUGCUGACGUGGUACCCCCUUCCUCUUUUAUACGGAUCUAAAUCCCUUCCUUCAACACUUCACCUCCAAAUCUCCCAAAUCUACGAAAAAAAAUCAUAAAAGAAAAGAAAAAAAUAUCACAGAGUGAGACAGAGAGAAGGAAACAGAGACUGACCACAAGCUUUUCAUUCCCUCCCAUAGCUCUGCUUUUUUUUAAAAAUCGAGAAGGAAAAAAGCUUGGAAAGAAGAAAUGAUGAUGGAAAGUAGAGAUCCAGCUAUUAAGCUCUUCGGCAUGAAAAUCCCUUUUCCCGCCGCUGUUUUUGAACCGACGUCGGCGGCGGUUGAGGAGGACCAUUGCGACGGAGAUGAUAAAUCACCAGAGAAGGUAACUACUACAGAGUUAUCAUCAGACAAGAAGAACAUCAACUGUAACAACAAGAGUCUAAACAAUUCGAAUGAUACCAAACCAGAAACAGGGGACGACAAAGAGGAAGAGACAUCAGCAGAACAGAUAGACAGCGAUGAGAACAAUCAGCAGACAACAGCAGACGGUAAAACCCUGAAGAAACCAACCAAGAUUCUCCCCUGUCCGAGAUGCAAAAGCAUGGACACCAAGUUCUGUUAUUACAACAACUACAACAUCAACCAGCCUCGCCACUUCUGCAAGGCGUGUCAGAGAUACUGGACAGCCGGAGGCACCAUGAGGAAUGUACCAGUGGGUGCAGGACGCCGCAAGAACAAAAGCUCCUCCUCUCAUUACCGUCACAUCACUAUCUCCGAGGCUUUAGAGGCUGCAAGGCUCAAUCCGAGCUUACAGGCCAACACAAGAGUCCUGAGUUUUGGCAUACAAGCUCAGCAGCAGCACGCUGCUCCUGUCCCACCCGUGAUGAAGCUACAAGUAGACCAGAAAGUCUCAAAUGGAGCUAGAAAAGGGUUAGCGGAUCAGCGGCGGGUUGAGAACGGAGAUGAUUGCUCAAGUGGAUCCUCUGUGACUACCUCAGUGGAUGAAGCAAGAGCACAAAGCAGCAGAGUUGUUGAACCACACAACAACAAUAUGAAUGGUGGUUAUGCUUGCAUCCCGGGUGUACCAUGGCCAUACACAUGGAAUCCAACGAUGCCUCCACCAGGUUUUUACCCUCCUCCAGGGUAUCCAAUGCCGUUUUAUCCUUACUGGACCAUCCCAAUGCUAUCACCGAAUCAAUCCUCCUCGCCCAUGAGUCAAAAGGGUUCAAGUCCAAAAUCUCCUACUCUCGGAAAGCACCCGAGAGACGAGGAAUCUUCAAGAAAGGAGAAUGAAACAGAGCGGAAACAGAGGAACGGGUGCGUUAUAGUCCCGAAAACGUUGAGAAUAGACGAUCCUAACGAAGCAGCAAAGAGCUCUAUAUGGACAACAUUGGGAAUCAAGAAUGAAGGUUCAAAAUUGGGAAGCAAAGGAGGAAUGUUCAAAGGGUUUGAUCAGAAGACGAAGAUGAGUGACAAUGAUAAAGCAGAGAACAACUCCCCUGCUCUUUCUGCUAACCCUGCUGCUCUAUCGAGAUCACUCAAUUUCCAAGAACGGGUUUAGAGUUCAUAUACGUUGUAUAUAUCUUAUGAUUGUUUGUAUAUACAGUAUAUUGGAGAAUGAAGGUUUUGAGACUUCAUCUCUUUUCUUCUUCCUCGUGACACUAUUCCUUUUAGUCUCUCACUAGUCCUGAUGUUUUGUGCUAUGCAUAUGGUUUUGAACCAGACCAAACAUUCCGAACUGAAGCAAAGUUUUUG